AAUGGAAGGAACAUGUUUACUACUCCUCCUGUUGCUCUCAGGAGGACUUUCCACUCUUCCUCCCAACCUCAAAGAACACCACUUUGUGAACCAGCUGAUGAACUGGACUGAAGCUCAGAGUUACUGCAGAGAACACUUCACUGACUUGGUCACCGUCUACAACAGCGACAUCAACCAACUGCUUCGCUCAAUGGCACCAAACCUUGAAGAUUGGGUUUGGUUAGGUCUCUAUAAUGAUCGCUACAGCUGGAAGUGGUCCAUGGAGGGAAAACAUUUUUAUGUUGGCAGUACACAUGAAUUUUUGAUCUGGGCUAACGGCCAACCAGACUGUGUAAAUGCAAAUGAAUACUGUGUGGCUCUUCAGGGACAAACACAGAUGGACGAUAGACCCUGUGGAGAUUCUUACCCUUUCCUGUGUUACAAUGCAAGCAGUACAAGUUACAUCUUAGUGAUGGAGAGUCGCUCCUGGUCAGAGGCUCAGUCAUACUGCAGGACAUACCACACAGACCUGACCAGUAUAAGACGCAAAGAGGAGAAAUCCAACAUCACGCUCACUUUGAAUGGAUCAGGGGUUCAGUAUGUGUGGAUUGGUCUCUACAGGGAUCCCUGGGCCCCCUGGUCUGACAACACAACCUCCACAUUCACUAACUGGGCGCCUUCUGAGCCUAAUAACAAAAAUUCAUUUGAGUACUGUGUAUCAAUGUAUUCAAUGCCAGGGAAAUGGUAUGAUGCUCGCUGUAACUACAAACUAAAUUUUUUCUGUUUCACAGGUGAGGUCCAGAAUACAAACACUGUAAGAUCCUGUCAUCAUGUAAAACACUAAUGUUUGUGUUUUUAUAUGUGGUUCAUUUUUAGCAGUGACAAAGCAAUCAGUGCUGAAAAUGAAGCUUCAGUCUGAUGCAGACAUGCACAGCACAGAGAUCCAGCAGCAGGUUUCACAGCAGGUCAGCAGUUCAGUCACCAACACAAACUUGACACAAGUUCAAUCUAUGCUUCAUGUUUUUCAUCAUCUGCACAUUUUGUCCAGCUGUCAGGCCUCAUGCUGUCAGAAGGACUGACAGACUUCAGGAUUCGUUGGAGGAAAGUCCAGAGUUACCGUGACGACCAGAUAAAGAAGCAGGAUGUGGACGGUGACUGCAAAACUGAAGUGGACUGAACCACUUCAUGUGUGAAGUUAAUAACAUGCUGUGCUGAGCUGUCUCAUCCUUUAAAUCUUUCAAUAUUUCAGAGUGUAAAGUUCCACCAACAGCUCAUUUGUUCAGCUGCAGUUGUAGUUUGGUAAAAACUCUUUAAUCAGUUUUGUGCCUCAUCUUGAAGUUUUCCUGAUCGGCUCUAGUCACUUGUUUUUGUUCUGCAGUGUCUCUUUUAAAAGCUUUGACACUGUCCUUCUGCUUUGACUGUUUGAUAACCAAAGAAAUGUCAGCAAAAAAUGGGACCGUAAGAGCCCCAGACCUUACCCGAUAUCAAAUUUUAUCAGGAUAUCAGCUGUAAUGUUUGCUGGAUGUUCUAGUAUCUGUAAAUUUAACUUCAAUUUAACUUUAAUGCCUGGGAGCCAACUCUAGCAUAGUCAUAGUUAUUGUUAUGAUAUUAGUUUUUGCCUUUUACC